CAAUGUGGCUGUGGACGCAGACGGUUCGUGUGCGCGUGGAACGUUGUACAGAAACACAAUUCAAAUACGUUUGCAGCCAGCAUCUGCUUCAAUCAAAUAAUACAACAUUAUUAUUCGCAUCCAAAAACUCAGAGUGCGACGGCGUUUGGCGCUCGUUCGUGAGCGUGCUUUUUGCAUAUCUUUUGUGUUUAUGUUCUACCUGACAUUCUGGAGCAUCAGUUGUGAAUGUCAGCCACAAAGUGAACGAACCAACGAAUGACUGCCCCAAAGCAAAUAAACAAGAAUCAUUAAAAAAAUCACGACAAUAAAACACAGACUUGCUAACGCUCAGAUUUCUCUGAAUUUCAACAAGAAAAAGGAAAAACAAAACAGAAAAAAAUCCCAAUUAUAAAACAGUUUUGCGUGGCAAAUAAAUAAAAAAUAAAAUACACUUGCUCUUGGCUGGGCCGUGAAACGCCGCCAAACAGGCAAAGAGCCAGCAGCAGCAGUAAUAACAACAACAACAACAACAAUGGACGAUGAGUUUAAGCUCUGUUGGAAGAACUUCCAGGACAAUAUUGCCAGCGGCUUCCAGAAUCUGUACGACAGAGGAGAUCUGGUAGAUGUCACCCUCGCCUGCGAUGGCAAAUUGCUGCAGGCACACAAAAUUGUACUGGCCAUUUGCAGUCCGUAUUUCCAAGAGAUAUUCACGACCAAUCCCUGCCAGCAUCCCAUCAUUAUACUUAAGGAUGUGAGCUUUAAUAUCAUGUGCGAGCUGCUGGAGUUCAUGUACCAGGGUGUUGUCAAUGUGAAGCACACAGAGCUGCAGUCAUUUAUGAAAAUUGGCCAGCUGCUGCAAAUUAAGGGGCUGGCAACCAAUUCGAACUCGCCACAUUCCGGCGGCGGCUCCAGUGGCGCAUCGGAGAAGUCCGCUGGUCAAGUGACAAAUGCCGGCGGCGGCGAUGAGCUCAACAACAGCAGCAACAGCAGCAUCCAAAACAACACAAGUGGCAAAGCUGAUGGAAAUGAUGCCAAGAGCAGCAUGCCCAGCAAUUCCCGUACACCCAAUGCCUCACCCAGCGGCUGUCGAGGAGGAGGAGGAUCAUCCGUUGGCGAUGUGAAUCAUUUGUAUAUGCAGAGUAAAAGAUCUGCGCCGACGGAAUUCAACAGUGAUUCCCUGUCGAUUUACUCGCGCAAGCAGCUGCGUCGCUCCUCGGCUGGCACUGGGGAGAGUGGCGAUAAUCCGGAUGGCGGCAGCAGCGGCAUGGAUAACCCUCUGAAUCCCGAGGAGUUCUUUCUGCCACCCAUACCGCACAUAUCCAUGGUGGAGUCACGCUACGAUCUGGGCAGCCUGAAGCGCGAUAAUGAGGUUGGCGGCUUGCAUCAUAGUGCAGCCGGAUCUGGUGGUGGCAGUGGUGCAUCCAGCUCGGCAACAGCUGCAGCAACUGUGGGCACACUGCGUAAUCCCUUUGCACCCGCCUUCAAUUUGGACUAUAAUAACUUUUACAAGGCAACUGGCAACAGUGGCGGACCCAGCAGCAGCAGCGGCGGAUCCAAUAAUCUACCAGGUGUUGUUGGUAUUGGCCUUGGCCUUGGCAACAGCAGCAGCAAUAACAAUAGCAACAACAAUGGCAGCAACAGCAGCAACAGUCUUGGCGGCGGUGGUGGCAACCUCGUUGGUCCCGCCACCGAAUACCCCAAUGAGCUGUAUAUGCCCAGUGACUACUCUAAGAACUUUGCCAAUCACAUGGACAUACCAGCAAAUGGCACCAACAUGGUCAUGCUGUCGACCACAUCGCUGCUGCACGGCAAUUGUGUGUUCAAUCGCAACAACACCGUCGCCACACAGCAGGGCAUGAAGACCUAUUGGCUGUGCAAGUCCUAUCGCAUCAGCAUGUGCCGGGCACGCUGCAUCACACAUCUCGGUCGUAUCAUAUCCGCGACUGGGGUCCACAAUCACAUGCCACACAUGCGUGGCGGCAACGGUGCCGGCAACGGCAAUGGCAAUGGCAAUCUUCCGCCCACAACAACAACAAACAGCAGCAGCAACAGUUCCAACACCGGUCAGACUGUUACGCCCAAUCCGAAUCCCGGUCAGACGAACUACAGCAGCAUCUCCGACGGAAAUGGAUUGGAAAUGAAUCAUGCAACGGCUGGAAAUAGUUCAGGUUCAAGUGGUCGCUUGGGUGUCAAUAUAUUUGGCAAUCAGACGACACCAGCAUCAUCGCCCGGAGGCCAUCAUUCCGGUUCGCAUCAUCAUCCGCAUCAUCAUCCUCCGCAUCAUCAUCAUCCGCAUCACCAUCAUCUGACGCAAUCGAUGCCCAAUCUGCUCGUGCAACAUCACACAUCGUCGCAGCACACCAGCAUAGACCAGCAUGGGAUGAGCACGGGACCGCCACCAGCUACGCUGCCAGCUGCCGUGUCCAACAGUGUCAUCCAAAAUAUUAUGCACAAUCCGAAUCUGAUGCAUUUACCAAUGCAGCCACAGACGCACCCACAUCCACAUCACCAGCAGCAGCAACACUCGCCACAUUCCCAUUUGGAGCUGGGUGCAUCGGGUGCGUCACUGUUGCCACUAUCGCCACCCCCGCACAUGCAACAACAACAACAGCAGCAGCAGCAGCAGAGCCCGCAAUCGAACAGGAGCAGUCACUCCAUGCACGCCACUGAAUCCCCGCUGGGCAUGAAGAGUCCACCACCGCAGCCAACGGCGCCAGCGAGCCAUGAAGAUGCCGAGCAGCAUGUGGAUAUUAAUGCGAGUGCGGAUGGAUCAGCGGAAAGCGCGGCGGGAACAGCUCAUGUCAUCGACUCCAUAACGAUAUCACCUGGCAGCGGUCACAAUUUCAAGAUUGAGAACAUCUAAGAAGCAGCAGCAGCAGAAACAGUUUAGCAUUUAAGAGAGAAGGAGGCGUUCAAUUUAUUUAUUAUUGUGUGCGGCUGGAGCCGCCGCUUAGUUAGUAUUUUUGUUUUAUAGAUUGAUUUGAUUUGAUUUGAUUUUAACCAUUUAUGUAUAUUUGAUACAUUAAUGUACAUAUGAUGUAUGUAUGUAUGUAUAUUGUAAAAUGCAAAUGAAACAUACUCUCAUUCGACUACUUAAAUGGCCAUCGUUUUUUCGUGCCGGGGCAGGUAAGUCAAUGGAGAGAGAGAGAGAGAGAGAGAGAAUCUGCAUGAGACGAAUCUAAUUUUGGGGCUCAUUUGUGAAUGUCCGAAAUCCGUCAUCAAACAUCUUAUACUCACACACACACCAGACACACACUCACACACACACAUACGCUGAAUUG